AUGGAAAAAAAAGAAAAAGCAGUUUUCGUGAGAGGAGUUUGUAAAAAAUAUGGGAAAUCUAAAAAAUCACAAUUUAUAUUAAAUAAUUUGGAUAUGACCGUUGAAAAAGGAACAAUAUAUGGAUUAUUGGGAGCAAGCGGAUGUGGGAAAACAACCCUUCUCACGUGUAUUGUCGGAAGAAGAAGCAUCACAUCGGGAGAAAUAUGGGUUUUAGGUGGUAAACCGGGAAGUCGUAAAAGUGGAGUUCCAGGACCUAGAUUAGGAUACAUGCCUCAGGAAAUAGCAUUGAUGAGACAAUUUACGAUACGAGAUGCUUUAAAUCAUUUCGGUUGGAUUUACGGUAUGAAUAACGAUGAGAUAAAUGUCAGAAUUGAUUUUUUAUCAGAACUUCUUGACCUUCCUCCGUCUGAUACACAAAUUAAAAAUUUAUCCGGGGGUCAACAGAGAAGGGUAUCACUUGCCGUGUCUCUGGUACAGGAUCCGGAAUUAUUGAUUCUAGAUGAGCCGACGGUUGGAUUAGAUCCGGUAUUAAGGCAAAAAAUUUGGGAUUAUCUUUUAGACCAAGUUAACAAACAUAAAAAAACCGUUAUUAUAACGACUCAUUAUAUAGAAGAAGCGCGACAAGCUCACAAGAUCGGCCUUAUGAGAAAUGGAAAAUUAUUAGCAGAAGACACACCGGAUAGACUCCUUAACAUAUAUAAUUGUUACGGUUUGGAAGAUGUUUUUCUCAAACUGAGUUCUCGACAAGAUGAAAAUUUAAAUGAAAUUUCACAAACAAUACAAAAUAUAAUACCAAUGAAUUCUCCAAACGUUACCAAUUCAACCGUACAUAAUUUUAACGAAGGUAAUACGAGUUGUCGGAGUAAAAGUGAACUUCCAGAAUCUACCGUGUCAUUAGAAACUUUGGAAAACAGAAGGGAAAACAUAGAACUCCAAGAUCUUACGUAUGAUAAUUCGAAUGAAUAUAAAAAGAAAAAUUUUAAAUGCAUAGCAAAAGGUCACGCCAAAGCUUUGCUAUCGAAAAAUUGGUACAGGAUAACGCGUCAUCCGGGAGCGAUAAUGUUUAUUUUCUUUUUUCCCAUGUUGGAAUUAUGUUCGUUUUAUUUGGCCGUCGGAGGACACCCGAAAGGAUUAAAAUUAGGUGUUGUAAAUGAAGAAUUGGGAAAUUUUACAUCAUGUAACGACCUGAUAAAUUCCCUUGGGAACGAAUACGGUAGUCAAAAUAUAACUAAAGAGGAUGGCAUAUCAUAUUGUAAAAUGGAAGGACUUUCUUGUAAAUUUUUAAAUAAAAUAAAAGACGAAAUGAUUAUUAAAACUCCAUACAGGGAUAAAUUAAGCGCUUUGGAAGAUGCAAAAAAGGGUAAAUUAAUUGCCGUAAUACAUUUUAACAAAAACUAUUCGAAAGAAUUCGAAAACAGAUUAGAAUAUGGAGAUGGUUCAACGGAUGAAACGAUAUAUAAUAGUUUGAUACCCGUUUGGAUGGACAUGUCGAGACGUCAAAGCGCAUUAAUUUUAGAAAGACAAUUACUUAACAUACAUUCGGAAUUUGUUAACGAAACAUUUACUCAUUGUAAUAUAUUACCUAAGGUCGGUAUGAUACCCGUUAAAUUUCAAAAACCCGUUUAUGUAUUUUUGAAUAUGUUCCCAUUUUGUUUGUUGUCGGUGAUGAUUUUUUUCCUUGCCGUCAGCGUGACAGCAACAAUAAUAGUCGUGGAAAGAUUAGAUGGAAUUUGGGAUAGAACACUUUUGGCUGGUGUCACAUCCGUUGAAAUAUUAUUAUCACACAUUGUUCUAGAAGCUGGUGUGAUUUGCCUUCAAGUACUCGAAGUUAUAAUAUUUGUUUUUUUUAUUUUCGGUAUGCCCUGCGUCGGAAGUUAUUUAGACAUUGUUAUUCUUUUAAUACUUCAAGGUUUUUGCGGAAUGUGCGGAGGAUUUCUCGUAUCGGUUUCGUGUAAUUCCGUAACGACAUCAAAUUUUGUUUCGAUGGGUAGUUUUUAUCCCGUACUUAUUUUUUCCGGUCUUUUAUGGCCCAUAGAAGGUAUGCCCAACAUAUUGAAAACAAUAUCCAUAGGUAUGCCGACGACAUAUGCGACACUAUCGAUGAGAAACAUUAUGGAAAAAGGAUGGACACUAACAAGAAGUUACGUUUACGAAGGUUAUUUAAUAUCAAUAUUAUGGAUAUUUAUUUUUUCAACUGCGAGCAUUUUAGUUGUUAAAGCGAGAAAAUGA